UCAGCAGUCAACUGGAUGCAAAUUUUAUCUUUAUCUGAUCAAGAAACAACUUAUGAAGGCACUACUCAUCACUGAUUUCUCAUACUGACAUGGCAUCGGUUGAUUACUCAAUGGAAAUAUACAUUAAUAUUAUUACUCCUUCCUUGAAAUUCCUUAGACAUUACCAAAUCCCCCACAACCAGGGUUAAAAAUAAAUCAAAGUUUAGUUGCUUUAAAGGGGGCCCAAAUUUCAUUUGGAGCAGGUUGGAAGAAUCUUCAGUUGAAGAAACGGAAAAUGAAAGAAGACAGUGAUGUUUUGGCGAUUGCUUGUAGACCAAUGGCCAAUGUUUCACCUGUAACUGCAAGUUCUGUAGCUCAACAACCGUUUCCAACUCCAUCGCCGUUUUCUUUCUCAGUCGCCUCUACUGGGUGGAGCUCUAGACCUUCCAUUCAUUAUACGAAUCUUGGUCUUCGGUUCUCGGUGCUAUUGUUCUCCUUUGUCUCUGCAAUUUCUCUGGCUACUCCAUCAAAGAAGAAAAACCAACCUUCUAGCUUCACUGCAUAUCCGGAGUUAAUGUACUGCUUCACUGUACACAUUUUGGCUUUCCUCUACACGUCUUUCCAGCUCUUUAAAGGUAUUUGUGACAUUGCCCACAGAGGGUUUCUGAUAUCAGACAUGAUCUCUGACUAUAUGAGCUUCAUCCUGGAUCAGUUGGUGGGUUACCUUCUCAUUUCAGCUUCCUCAGUGGCAAUACCAGUCAUUCUACAGAUUGAAAAAGCCACGCCACUAUGGACGGCAGCCAUCAUCUCCAACACCAUGUCCUUCGUAACUUUUCUCGUUAUUGGAAUUUGUACCCUUUUAUCAGGCUACAAGCUUUGCAAGAGAAUCAUCUGGUGAUUCUUCAUUUUGCUUGUAUAUAGCAUAAAAAUUGUAAGCUCUCCCUGACGGCAACAAGACAGAAGACAAUAAUCGUUUGUACAUAAGACUGCAUACUUUUCCAUAAGGUUUUUCUUUUUUUCCCAAAUUUAUGAAUUUCAACUAGACGCUUCCAACC